AUCCAUGUUGCUCUGUUUCCUUUUAUGGCCAAAGGCCACACAAUUCCUAUUUUUGACCUUGCUCGCUUUCUUCUCUGCCGCAAAAUUUGCAUCACCAUCUUCACCACUCCUGCUAAUCGUCCAUUCUUCUCCGAUUCCCUUUCCGGCAGCACCAACAUCAAUAUCAUCGAAAUCCCUUUUCCUCAAAACAUACAAGGAGUUCCACCAGGUGUGGAGAGCACUGAUAAACUUCCAUCCAUGACCCUUUUUCCUACAUUUGUCAACGCCACCAAAUUGAUGAAACCCCAUUUUGAAAAGGCCUUGGAGUCUCUUCCUCCAGUUACUUUUAUGAUCACUGAUGGCUUUCUCGGCUGGACUUUAGAUUCAGCAAACAAAUUUGGUAUUCCGAGGCUUGUUUAUUACGGCAUGAGCUCAUUUACAACGGCCUUGACGAUUUCAGCUACUUCCCUUCUUAGAACAGAAUUGUCCGACGAUGAGUAUUUCCAAGUUCCUGAUUUCCCCUGGAUUAAAAUCACUAGAAAUGACUUUGAUUCACCCCUCAGAGAUCGUGAUCCCAAGGGUCCCCAUUUUGAUUUUAUCAUGGAGUCAAUUAUGGCGACCUCUAAAAGCUAUGGUCAACUUGUGAACAGCUUUUACGAGCUCGAAUCUGUUUAUGUAGACUACUGUAACCGCAUCUCUAGUCCUAAAUCAUGGUGCGUUGGACCUUUUUGUGCUGUUCACGAACUGUCUAAAGAAAAACAGGAGAAACCUUCAUACAUCAAAUGGCUUGACGGAAUGCUAGAACAGGGGAAGCAAGUUUUAUACGUGGCAUUCGGGACCCAAGCAGAGUUAUCUCCUGAACAAUUCAAGGAAAUCAAAAUUGGGUUGGAGAAAUCUGAAGUGAACUUUUUGUGGGUAGUCAGGAAAAGUAUAGAUGAAGUCGACGAUGGGUUUGAAAACAGAGUAAAAAACAGGGGACUGAUGGUAACAGAGUGGGUUGACCAGAGAGAAAUCUUGAGGCACAGGAGCGUUGAAGGUUUUCUAAGCCACUGUGGUUGGAAUUCAGUGAUGGAGAGCAUAUGCGCAAAGGUUCCCAUACUGGCAUGGCCAAUGAUGGCUGAUCAACACCUGAAUGCGAGGAUGGUGGUGGAGGAAAUCAAGAUUGGACUAAGAGUCGAGACGUGUGAUGGGUCAGUGAGAGGGUUCGUGAAGUGGGAAGGUCUGGAAAAGCCGAUAAGGGAGUUGAUGGAAGGAGAGAAAGGAAAAGAGGGAAGGAAUAAAGUGAAAGAGAUUGGAGAGGCAGCCAUUAAUGCAGUAAAAGAAGGUGGAUCAUCAUGGCAAACGUUGAAUGAGCUUAUUCAUGAAUUAACUGAAAGAAGACAGGUUUAA